CACUAUUGUUCAUAUCUCUGCAGCUCCUGAUGUCCCCACCAUUACAAAGGCUUCCUCCAAACAGAGCCAAAGCAUCACGGUGGAUUUCACACAAAUCUCGGGUGCCACCUCGUACAUCCUGCGUACCGAGACCAGCGACGGCAAGUGGUCCGAGACGCCCGUGGCAGGCUCUCCAGGGACGGCGUCCGGCUUGAAGCCUUACACCGACUAUAUUGUGAGCGUCAUGUCUGUCAACAGCGCUGGCAGGAGCCAGCCUUCGUUCCAAGUCCAAGUAAAGACAGUGCUGCCCCCUCUUCAGUUAAACAGCAGCUCCCCCAGUAACAGCAGCAUCUUCAUAUACUGGCCUUCGGUACCAAAUGCCGUGCUGUACACCAUCAGCCUUUUCCCUGAAGGCUUAUUCUCAACAAUACGCAGCAACACCAGCAACACCAACAUGACUUUUACUAACCUGACGGCUGGCACGAACUACACCAUCAGUGCUACUGCCUGGGGUCAAGACAAUGUGCCUGGGGAUACGGUCACCAUCUACCAGAUGAGCUCUCCAGGGACUCCUCAGUCCAUUGUACUGCAGUCUACACCACCGAAUAUUUUGGUGUCCUGGAAUCCAGUGAAGGGAGCAAGUCUGUAUGUGGCAAGCUCGGCUGGACUGAACUGCUCGUCCACAUCAAAUUCCUGUAUUUUGAGUCAACCGAGUUGUGGAGAGAUCUAUAUAAUAUCCGUUACUGCCUUUAACCAAGCUGGACCCAGCCAAGCCUCAGCACCACUGCGUUUCAUUUCAGCCCCAUGUGCUCCAGAUCCAAUCAGUGUGGAUGACCUUGGAAAUGCUACCUGCUCCCUGUCCUGGAAAAAUGUCUCAAAUUCGGACAAUUACACGGCCUACAGCAAGAGAGAUGACGGAAUCGAAGAGACGUGUAACUCCACUGGCACAUUCUGUACCUUCAGCUGCCAGUGCGGCUACUCGUAUAUCAUAAGUGUGUUCGCCAACAACCAAGCUGGAACCAGUUCCCCAGGACCUGUCCUAAAUAAAACCACUGUGCCAUGCUGUCCAACAAACGUUUCUGUGUCAAUGAUUUCCUGGGAGUCCCUCAAGAUCAUGUGGGAAAUGCAAAGAGGGGUAGACAUGUACAUGGUGCAGGCCCUGGAUCCUUCAAACCAUGCAGAGGUUUGUCAAGACAGCUCAACUGAGUGUGUACUCUCUGAUCUCAAGUGCAAUACCAAAUACAAGGUUGGGGUUUUUCCUUGCAAUGAUGUCCAGGGGUGUAACUUGUCCUGCCAAGUCCAGACCCAAGAAACAGCCCCCUGUAUGCCUGAGAAUGUGGCCGCAAGUGUGAUCAACGCCUCCUCCAUCAUUGUCACCUGGUCGUCCACUAACAACGCUGCCAACUAUACGGUCAACGUGAUCGGAACCGAUUGCCCCCCUGCCUGUCAAUCGAGGGGAACAUCCUGUCAGGUGAACGGAUUAUCUUGUGGCUCCUCCUAUCAGAUCACCGCCAUCGCCUCCACCACGGCAGGAGUGAGCAUGCCCAGUUAUAGCGUGUUCUACCACACAGCUCCAUGCUGUCCAGCCACAUUGAACAUCUUUCCAGUAAGCCAGGCGAUGAGUAAUGUCAUGUGGUCAACUUCUCAAGGAGCUCAAUACUUUAUAGCAUCGCUGACCUCGUCGCAAGGCAAUGCCACAUGUCACACAACACAGACCAGUUGCCUGAUGGGGUGCAUCACUUGUGGGACAAACUACACUGUCUCAUUACAGGCCAUCAACUCCAGGGGAAACACAUCAGUCUGCACGUACCGCGGAUUCUCCUACAGUGAGUGCUGUCCUUCAAGAAUCCGUCUUUAUACACGCUCCAAUAAUACCCUGCGUGUGUCCUGGUCAUCCUCAAACUCCUUCAGUAACUUCACGGCCCAGGUGACAGGUGGAGGACGGGUCUACACGUGCAGCCCCAUCCCGGGACAGAGCAUGUGCGACGUGUCAGAGGUCACAUGUGGUAAUGUGUACUCGGUCAUGGUGGCGCCCUUAAACCCAGACGGAUUCUCGGUGACCUUCUGUCCCAGUAGAACAUACUUCGUUUAUUGUUCAGGAAGCAGCGUCGGAAUGGUACUCUAUCGAGGCAAGAGAAGUCUGGAUUAGCAAGCGAGCUUCAUCAGACCAAAGAGCACAGCUGCAAUCUUCUGCAUAACAACCCCACAAAACUACCCAGACUAACACCCUAAAACCUGCUUUCAUAUUCAAGUUGUAGAAUAAUUACAAUAUCCAUACACUAUAUGGGCAAAAGUACUGGGACACCUGACUUUUCCCAACCAUACGCAGUUUCUUUCCAAACUGUUACCACAAACACAU